AUGCUCAACCACCUGAAGAGACUUCGUGAGCGUCUGCGACAGAAGGAAGACACUGACGAACUCCUACAGCCAGUCGAUUUCGAACAGUUGAAGAUAGAAAACUCGCAGUACUUGAGCAAAAUCGAUCAGCUAAACACUGAAAUGCAAAAAGUAAAACGCAUUAGCGGUCGGAUACAGCAAGCGGUUAAUCUUCUUAAAAGCAGUUUGCACGAAAUUUCCAACGAAAAGACGAUGAUCGAAUCAGAAAUCGCAUAUCGACUUGAUAUCACCAACAGAGUGAAAGAUGAAAUACGGAUAGCCAAAAAGAUGUCGCUUUCUCACCACAAGAAAUUAUGGGCACAAACUGUUCGCGGUACAGAGAUCAGUGUGGCUUGA